AUGAAGAUUAGAACUAACCUGUAUUUAAUUACGGCAAUACUGCUAACAUCAACCUUUUUGACACUAUGUGAAGGUGUCAAUGACAUUGAUCAUGAACCAUUCUCUGAUCACUUAGAUCAUUUAGAUCAUUUGGACGACUUUCAUGAUAUUAAUAAUUUUGAUGAUUCCAAUGUUAUUCAUCGAGUUGAAUUAGUUCAACAUAAUGGAGAUUCAAUGACUAAAUAUGCAACAACAGCUCAUACAAAUCAAGAGACAAAUAACGAGUUAUUUCCUAACACGAUUCCUAUCAUCCAACAAUCUAAUGUACCAACUACUUUUACAAAGGUAGUAAAACAGACGGUUAUAAAAAAAUCUAAUAAUGAUGGAAAUAAUUCCCCAAAAAUCGAUUUAUCAAUGAAAGAUAUAUACAGUAACAAUAAAUUGAAAGAAAGUGUAAUCGGUACUGUGGAAAACAAUGGUUUGCCAUCAAUACCUUCACAACAAGCUUCUGAUCUACAAAGUAAUAUAAAAAAUAUAAUACACACUACAGUGACAAAAACAACAACAAGUGGAAGUCCAUCAAAUGAAUUGAAUGAAUCUUUUAAUAAAAUACAUAAUUUAAACGCACUACCCUCAAAUAAUAUCAUAUCUACAAUGAGUUCUGAAAACACAAAGUACAAUGAUAGAAAUGCAGGUUCAAGCUCUUCACAAUCUAAUUCAAUGGAUGAAAAUAGUAAAAUAAAAAUAAUUUCAACAACAGAAGAUAUAACCAAUGGAAAUGGUUUUGAUAACUCAAAACGAAUAUCUCGAAAACCAGGAGGUUCAUUCAGGCGCACGAAAACUACAAUAUUAAAACAACAUAAUAUAAAUGACAGCAAUGAUCGUGGUGAUUUAGGUACAUCUAGUAUAGGAUUUAAUAGAGAAGACACAUCUUCAAAUAAUAUUGUAUCAUCAAUGACAACCCCUUUAGGAUAUAAUACAGUAACUACUUCAACUGUUGAUAGGGACAAUAAUGUAUUUAAUAAUGGAAUCCCAUCCAGAAUACAACAAAUACGUUUUAACAAAUUGAAUCAACUUGGAAAUUCAAUAUCUGAAACUGGAGCUGUUCAGAACCCAGGCUCGUUUGUACAAACCAAAACAACAAUAAUAAAAAAUGGAAGAGCAGCUGAUGAAAUUAAACUUGAUGACUUAAAUGAUAACAAAAUAGAUUACAAUAUUGGUGAUGGAAUGUCUACCUCAAAUGAUAUCGUAAAUUCAAAUUAUAUCAUAUCUUCAGAUAAUAAUGGCAAUGAUAAAAGCAGUGGUUAUGGUUAUAGUUAUGGUUAUGGUUAUGGUAAUGGUAUGGAUAGUGGUAACCAUAAUAAUGAUGGUAAUUAUAAUUUAAUUUCUUCCAACCAUUUAAUGGAUGGAGCUUCAUCUGGGGGUUAUUCUUCAUAUAUUAUGUCUAAUGGGUAUAGUAAAGGAAAUGGUAAGAGGAAAAAAAGAAGGAAAAAUGGUAGUAAGAAAACAUUUAAAGGAGGCAGUUUAAAAAAUGUAUCAUAUGGAAAAAGUCAAGGAAAUGGGCAAAUAAGAGUUAAAAAUGGUCGUAAUUAUAAAAAUACAAGAUCAUCAAAAAAUAGAAGUGGAGGAAAUUCUCAAUAUUAUUCAUCAACUAAUUAUGUAAGAGGAGGCCAAAGUAAGUCUUUUUCAUCUUCAGCUAGUUCUUCAGAUGAGUCAUCUAUGAAAAAAAAGAAGUCGUGUCAUUGCAAUAAGAAACGAAAGUUAAAAAAAAGAGAUAGUAGUGAAAGUAAUGGAAGUUCAGAAGGACAUCAUGGGCCAGGGAGACCAGGGAGUCACGAUUUAGGUAUUUCUAUGGAGAUUCAACCAAUGCAAAAUAACGGUGACUUCAUUGCCGGAGUUCCACCACAACUACCUCCAUCCAUGGGACCUGAACCUCAACCAAAUUUAUUAUUUGACAUGAUGCAAGAGCAGGGUCCAGACCAAUCAUUAAAUUACAGUCAAUCAGAUAUUACAACAGUUUUGAAUAGACAAGGGGAGAUGGGAAGUCAACUGAUUAACGAUCAUCAAUUACCCAAUACUGAUAUAUCAAAUCAAUAUUUAACAUACCAAAUACCAAAUACUGGUUCACUAUAUAAGUCAGAUUCUCAACAAGAACAAUAUUUCGGAUCACCUAGACUUGGCCCAGGCCCAGGUCCACAUCAAGGUCAUGGCCCAGGUCCACACCCAGGUCAUGGCCCAGGGCCACAUCCAGGUCAUGGUCCAGGUCCACACUCAGGUCAUGGCCCAGGUCCACACCCAGGUCAUGGCCCAGGGCCACAUCCAGGUCAUGGUCCAGGUCCACACUCAGGUAAUGGUCCAGGUCCACACUCAGGUCCACACCCAGGUCAUGGUCCACGUCCACGUCCACCUCCACGUCCAUGGCAUGGCCCAGGUCCACAAGCUAAUCCAUUUGAUUCUAGACCAUUUAUCGGGGGUGAAUAUCCGAAAUUGUUUGAACAAAAUCUACAACCACCACCACUACAACAAUUCCCAUAUCCAUAUUCAUUUAUUUCAAAUAUGGGCUCAACUACUCCUGUAUUUACGGAUAUUCAGUCCGGACAAGGGGACCAGAUAAACAUUAACACUGACUUACCUCAGAUUCAACAAGACAUUGAAGGCACUGGGUUUAAUCGAAUGGAUGCACUGAAUUCAGGAUCCAUGACAACGAGUACUCGAAGUAAUAUGAUUAGAAACACAGGUGGUGGUCCAAUUAUGCAGUAUUUCAAAACAAUCAAAACAACAGGAAAUAUAGAUGGUAAUGGUCCUCUAGAUAUGCAAAUGGUUCAAACUCAAUCAGUCCCACCCGAAGUUGACAGUUAUGGAAUACAAAGUGUAUUGGAUCUUGUUCAAACGGCAAUGGAAUUGGUUCUACAGAUUUUACCGGGCUAUACUAAUACUUUUGAAUCCGGCAUAAAUGCAUAA